GCGCUGAAGGGCGAGCGGCGCGGCGGCGGCGAUGAGUGCCUCUGCGGCCACCGGGGUCUUCGUGCUGUCCCUCUCGGCCAUCCCGGUCACUUAUGUCUUCAACCACCUGGCGGCCCAGCACGAUUCCUGGACAAUUGUAGGGGUUGCUGGCCUCAUCUUGCUCCUGGUAGCCCUGCUGGCUCGUGUCCUGGUCAAAAGAAAACCACCCCGGGACCCACUGUUCUAUGUGUAUGCAGUUUUCGGAUUUACCAGCGUGGUGAACCUCAUCAUAGGCUUGGAACAGGAUGGAAUCAUUGACGGGUUCAUGACGUACUACUUGAGAGAGGGUGAACCGUAUCUGAACACUGCGUAUGGGCACAUGAUCUGCUACUGGGACGGCUCUGCUCAUUAUCUGAUGUAUCUGGUGAUGGUGGCGGCCAUAGCGUGGGAGGAGAGUUAUAGAACUAUUGGCCUCUAUUGGGUUGGAUCUAUUAUCAUGAGCAUUGUUGUUUUUGUGCCAGGAAACAUUGUGGGGAAGUAUGGAACCCGCAUUUGCCCUGCUUUUUUCUUAAGCAUACCAUAUACUUGUCUUCCUGUCUGGGCUGGUUUCAGAAUCUAUAAUCAGCCAUCAGAAAAUUAUAAUUAUCCCUCAAAGGUCAUUCAAGAAGUCCAAGCCAAGGACCUGCUGAGAAGACCAUUUGAUUUAUUGUUGGUCGUGUGUCUCCUCCUGGCAACUGGAUUUUGUCUGUUUAGAGGCUUGAUUGCUUUGGAUUGCCCGGCUGAGCUCUGCCGAUUUUAUACGCAAUUUCAAGAGCCCUACCUAAAGGAUCCUGCUGCUUACCCUAAAAUCCAGAUGCUGGCCUAUCUCUUCUAUUCUGUCCCUUACUUUGUGAUUGCGCUUUAUGGCUUAGUGGUUCCUGGAUGCUCCUGGAUGCCUGACAUAACACUGAUGCAUGCCGGAGGUCUAGCUCAGGCUCAGUUUUCUCACAUCGGUGCUUCUCUUCAUGCUAGAACUGCUUAUGUCUACAGAGUCCCCGAAGAAGCGAAAACCCUUUUUCUAGCAUUAAACAUAGCAUAUGGAGUUCUUCCUCAGCUCUUGGCCUAUCGUUGUAUCUACAAACCAGAGUUUUUUAUAAAAACAAAGGCAGAUGAAAAAGUUGAAUAAAGAUAUUAUUUCAUGUUCUUCCUCUCUAGAUU